AAAAAAACAAAAGUAGUGAGGGUGGAAUUAGUUUAUUAUCCAGGAUAUAUAUAGCGCACUACAGUAUACUUUUCUUUUUUUCCUUUUUUUGCACUAAGGGAGUGGGUUAGGAAUUUGGACACAACCCAUAUGUGUAGCAUCUCAGACUGCAUUAAAUAUAGGCUUCAUAUACCUGCAAAAUAUAUAACAAUUUGUUUUCCAUAAAAAUUAAUUCAUUAACUUCUGGUGGAAAACUGGGUAGAGGCCAGAAUAGAAUAAAAAUGUUUUAUUUUGGUCAACGUGGUACGAAAAAGAAGAUUUAAUCAAUUAAAAUGCAAGUUCAACAGAAGUUACAAACUUAAAAACUCAGAGAUGUACAGUAAAGUUGACCUCCUGGGUUUUCAGUGUGACCUGUCUGUGGAUGAGAGGUUUUGGCCCGCGCAGGCGCAGACUCACAAACUACAGCAAGUGGUCGCCCGUGAUGUCAUCACUCCUUUAUCCCCGCGUGCUUCAUCCGGCUUUAGCUGUCGCGCGCUUCUCGGCCGCACGGUGGCGCCGUAGGGCUUGGCGGCGGACAGGGCUCCCCGUUAAUGCCCACCACCCCUUCCUCUCCUCCCCCGCUCUUUAUUCCCCGCCUGCCCUCCACUGCUCGCGGCCGCGCAGGACUCUCGUAUGGCAGCAGCCAAAACAAGUGUGUGCGGCGUCUCCCCGGAGCUUCACUGUCCAGCUGGCUAUCUAUCAUCAAUCAUGGCGGCCGAAGUGGAAGUUUAACUCCCGUCUUCCCUCCCUUGUCGACCGAGGGGAGGAUUUUUUUUAAUCCAAAAGCAGGAAAAAAAAUCAGCCUUGCGCUGAUUCGGAUUUCCUUUCGGAAUUACAGUACAUCUCACCGGGGAGAUACCAUUCAUGUCAACGCUGCAAAAUGCAGCCCCCGCCGCGGAAGGUCAAAGUGACACAGGAGCUAAAAAACACUCACACGGAGCAGAUGACAAGACUGCACUUUAAACAUCAGACUGAAUGUGACCUGCUUGAAGAUAUGAGGAGCUACAGUCUAAAGAAAGGACAGUUGGAACGGGACUACGCACAAGCUCUGCAGAAGUUAGCAAGUCAGUAUUUGAAGAGAGAUUGGCCUGGUAUCAGUCCUGAUGACCAGAGAACGGACUACAGGAAUGUUUAUGCGGUUUGGAGAGCAUACCUGGAGGGAACGGUCCAGGUGAGCCAGUCCAAGCUCAACGUGUGUGAUAACUACAAGAGUCAAGUAUCCGAGCCUGCCAAGACUAUUAGACUUUAUAAAGAACAGCAACUCAAAAAGACCAUCGACCAGCUAAGUGACAUUCAAGCUGAGCUGCAAGAAUCUGUGAAGGAGUUGGCAAAAGCCAAGAAGAAAUACUACGAGUGUGAGCAGGUGGCCCACGCUGUACGGGAGAAAGCCGAUAUUGAGGCCAAGUCUAAAUUGGGUCUUUUUCAGUCAAGAAUUAGUUUACAGAAAGCAAGUGUGAAGUUGAAAGCUAAAAGAAGCGACUGUAACUCCAAGGCGACGCAGGCCAGGAACGACUACUUGCUAACGCUUGCUGCAGCCAACGCUCAUCACGACCGCUACUACCACACGGAUCUGCCGCACUGCAUACAGGCUCUGGAUGGGAGAAUCUAUGAACACGUGAAAGACUACCUGGUAGCUCUGUGUCGCACCGAGCUGGAGGCCUCUCAAACAUCACAUAGCACCUUCCAGUUUCUGUUGGAGAAAUCCACCAGGAUAAUUCAAGAGUUCAACCAGCAGUUGUUCAUGCAGGAAAACCCAGUCUUUCACAAAUCACAGGACUUCCAGUUCCAGCCCAGUGAAUGUGACAUGACUCUGAGCUCGGAGCAACAGUUGGUGGACAUUGAGCCGUCGCCCGUCAGUGCCAUGAGAAUGACCCUGGCACAGAGUCGACAGCUGGAGUCUGAGUCUGGAACAACAGAGGAACACAGUCUGAACAAAGAGGCCAGGAAAUGGGCCACCAGAGUGGCCAGAGAGCACAAGAACAUCAUUCACUUCAAGAGAUCUCUGGAGGAGUGUGAAAGUCACGGCUUGCCCCCCACUGAGCAGGGCAGACUGGAGCUGGAGAUGAAGAUAGAAGACACCAAAGAGAUGAUGCGCAAAGCUGAGACCAUCAAGUUGAAAGCUGAGGCUCGUUUGGAUCUUCUUCGGCAAGUGGGGGUUGCCGUGGACACCUGGUUGAAAAGUGCCAUGAACCAGGUGAUGGAGGAGCUGGAGAAUGAACGUUGGGCCACCUUCACUUCCCACGGUCCCUCACUGUCGGGCUCGGUGGACUUGGAGCGGGAGGAGGGCGAGGAGGGCGAAGAGAACAUGGAGGUUUUUGACGACAGCAGUUCCAGUCCUUCUGGAACGCUCCGCAACUACCCGCUAACCUGCAAAGUGCUUUAUUCAUACAAGGCCUCUCAACCAGAUGAGUUAACGAUCGAUGAACAAGAGAUGCUGGAGGUCAUCGAGGACGGAGACAUGGAAGACUGGGUCAAGGCACGCAACAAGACGGGUCACGUGGGCUACGUCCCUGAAAAAUACCUGCAGUUCCCAACUUCCAACAGCCUACUGAGCAUGCUCCAGUCCCUGACCACGCUGGACGCUCGGUCCCACACGUCGUCCAAUUCCACAGAGCCAGAGCUGCACGCGGUCUGCGUCAAUGGAGACACCAACACAGCAUCGUUCGUCCGUGCGCUCUAUGAUUACGUGGGCCAGGCCGACGAGGAGCUUUCCUUCUCGGAGGGCGCUGUGAUCCGCCUGCUGAACCGGGACACCCAAACGGAUGAUGGCUUCUGGGAGGGGGAGCUAAACGGACGGGUGGGAGUUUUCCCUUCCGUCCUCGUGGAAGAUCUUACGGAGAACGGAGAGGCUGGUGGGGGAGCGUCACAUGACAUACAGAUCUCUCCAUCUGUAAAGUUGCAGUCAUCUCUGCUGCCUCUUCCGCUGUACGAUCAGCCUCCCAUCAGCCCUUUCACCAGCCCGGAGACCUCCACCCCCCCUCCUCUGCCGCGCUCCCCCUCAGCUGCACUCAACGGGGAGCACAAGCUUCCACUGCCUGCAGCAUCGUACAAAGGGCAGCUGUCCUCUCACAAUCAAAGCUCUGGCCGCAGUCCAGUGUCUCCGGGGUUUUCUCAGCCUCUACGGUUCACCCCUGAAGGAGGACCCGGCAAACUACGACCUGUACGAGCUGCUCCUCCCCCACCCAAGCAACUCUCCCGCCGGCACCAGGAGAAGAGUGACAAAACAGAGGAGGUGGAGAUCACGCUCGUGUGACGAGGAGAGACCAGCGCCCUGAAAGAACUAAAGACCACCCCGGACCUAAAACGCAGAAGCAGACGUAGAAAUGUAAAGUGAGCGGAUUGGAAGCUCCUCCAGACACUCAAUCUCCAGAUAAAAACACGAGCAGAGCGAUGAGAUGAAAGAAUCUCUGCUUUCUAAGGAAAAGGAGCACCUCCCUGCUCCACCUUUUCUGUUCUUCCACUCCAGAGCUGACAGACAGGAAGUAGACCUGUAGCAACAGGAAGAGGGACGUUUGUGUCGUUACACUCAGUAGACGGAAAGUAAAGCAGUACAUUUAAUAUUUAAUACACAGAGAAAAGCUCAAAAGCGUCAAACAAUGUUUCAAAGUGUGGUCAAAGAUUCUCCGCAAAAACGAACAAAAAUCUGUUUUCCCUCGUUUGGAGGAAAUCAGGUUGGUGUUCGGUUCUCUGAGAUGUUUGGCGACACUCAAAAGUGUUCAAUCCUGACAGUUGUGGUAUAAAGGUAGUAAAUGAACAGAGAAAGCCUUCACCAUAUAUAGUCAUUAUCAUCAUCAAAUGUAUGUAUUGUGUAUUAUUAGUACAGUACAUUACUGUUGUCAUAGGAAUGUUAAUCCUCAGCUCAAAGUUUGAAGUUUGUGUGUAAAUACAGGAAGGACGGAGCGACGGAAGGAGAUCGGAAGAGUUUUAAAAAAGAAAACUUAAAGGGCAGAAUGGAGGCGGGAUCCUCCGAUCUGCUCUGAUCUUCAUCUGGUCUCAUCAGGUUUCUUCAGGUCCGUCCCCGCCCAGUCAUGAACCACACAGACGUACGCUAGCAGUAAACUCUCCUCUGUGUCGCUGAAUGAAAAAUGGUUUACUUUCAUUUGAAGUGAUGUUCAGGAGAACAGCUCCACUAAACCCCGGUGAACUCGUAGCUGUGUGACCGUUCUGUGCAUCACGUUGGUGGGUGCUUCCUGUCAUCCCCCAUUUUCCAUCCAUUUACUCUGUUUUGAGCAUCGACUGUAUCUGAGAACUGGAGUGAGUGUAACCCCCCCCAAACAAAAUGGCUUACUUUCAAUUCCAACCAAAUGAAGGCAAUUCAGUCACCAUUGUAUCACGACACGGACGCCGCCAUGUUGGAACCAGACUUCCUCAGUAAGCAGCGAUUGGUCCGAGUUGGUCUGAGUCAAUGUUGCUAUGGCAACCACUCUCACCAAUUAAAAAUGAGCUUGUUGGAAGUCCAUUCCCCUAAUGCUACAUUCCUACACGGCACGGUUAGCCUACUGUGUUCACACUGGACUGCCGCUACUCAAUACUAGCGCAUGUCCACCACCGACAUUUGGAAAAGGGUCGGUGUGAAAUGGUACAAAUCUUGCUCCAGCUCUAUUUUGACUUAUGAAAGACUUGGUGUCAUAAUUUCUGCCAGGCACAAACCACAAUUAUUCAUUUCUCCGUCAUCAAUUUAUAAGUGGUUCUCACUAUGUGAAUUAAAAGAAGAUGUCAUCCUUACAUCAUUAUUAGGGGUGUAACAAAUGGAUUCAUAUUGAUUCAUAAUUUCUGGUUGCUGAUAUGAUUCAUAAUGGAUAUUGGUUCAGUUUGAACAAUCUGAUUCACUGACCUAAAAUGAUCCAGAUCAUCUUUAGCCUCAAACCAUAUGGUAUUUUCUAAUAUCAACUAUAAAUGUAUCUUAUUUUGAAAGAAUUUUAUAAUUGUAUAGGUUGAUUCAAUUUGAUUAACUUGUCUCUGACAGACUGAUCUGGUCAGAUCAUAGGAAUAUAAAUAGACCUAUUGAUUAAUUGUUUACAAAUCCAAGUUCCUGAUUGGUCACCCUGGUUUAACUUUCAACAUGCGUUCAAGAGUAUAGAGUCCGAAAACGCUUGUAGAAACUUGCGUAGCUAUCUGUUAACAUGGGAUUUUAGAACACAGAAGCCUGAAACGUGCAUAUGCGUGGAUUUACGUAGACUUGUCUUUGGAAGUGGCCUCAUAAAUGCGUGUUGCCAAAGGCAGUGUCAUGAAUGUUGGACAUGGGGGCCAACAAGCUCCACCCACUUCUAUUGAGGCAUCUGAUUGGUCAGUUUAUAACUUCAAUAACAGAAAAAAUAUGAAAAAAGAGGUGCUUCCUGCUUGGAACACCAGGGGGGAGGGGUCUACUCAAUCCAGUUCUCAUAUGCAGUCCGUGGUUUUGACAGUAAAGGCUGCAGGUGAGGAUGGAACCAGCGAGUGACGUUCAAAUGCAGCAACGUACAAACCUGUGACUUUUCUUCAAGUCAAACUGAAUCUCUCCUUCGUGUACACGUUUAAGCCUUUAGGUCCUUACCUAUGCGACAAAAGUAGCACUUUUAUUUAUUUAUUUGUAUCCUCCCCUGAAGGUCGUCGUAACCUCAUGUGGUAUCUGCAUGAAUAGAGAAAACUGACAAAUCCCUGUAGCUACAAAUACAGAAAUGUUUUUGUUUUCAUUCCAUUCUGACUUUAUUAACGCGCAGAUUCAGAGGCAUUGAUAUUUAAUAGCCUCCAAAGACAUGGAAAGAAAAUUGUCGAUGGUUUGAAGUUUCCUGAAUUUUAUAAAAAAUAAAAACAACAGAAUUUUGAAUUAAAA